GGGCGAAUGCAGGCCGGCCCGGCAUAGGGCUCUUUCUCAGCGCUUCCUGGGGGUGAGGGGCGUGGGGCGAGGGCAGGGUUGUGGCUCCCUGGCCCCGGGGCUGGAAUGUCGUUUCUCCCUAGGGAUGGGCUUCUCUCAGGUUGAGGCCGCGGACUGCCAAGCCUCGGCCGCCGGCCUCUGAAGCUGUUGCGAGCGGCCGGUUGCGGUAGUCGUCUGCUUGGCCGCGAGGUUGGGUAAGAACUCCAUUUUCUGUUGAUGUGGAGACAUAGGGUACCUCCAACUUUCCGGGGUUUCAGAAGAGAAUUUUUUAUUGAAACUGGAAGACCAAAAUAAUUACAAGCAUGUUGUGCUGGGGAAAUGCAUCCUUUGGACAGCUAGGUUUGGGUGGAAUUGAUGAAGAAAUUGUACUAGAGCCCAGAAAAAGUGACUUCUUUAUAAAUAAAAAGGUCCGAGAUGUAGGAUGUGGACUCAGACAUACUGUGUUUGUUCUGGAUGAUGGAACAGUGUACACAUGUGGAUGUAAUGAUCUAGGACAGCUAGGUCAUGAAAAAUCCAGAAAGAAACCAGAGCAGGUUGUUGCCCUGGAUGCCCAAAAUAUUGUAGCUGUUUCAUGUGGAGAAGCUCAUACGUUAGCACUAAAUGACAAAGGCCAGGUGUAUGCGUGGGGUCUGGAUUCUGAUGGACAGCUUGGCCUGGUAGGAUCAGAGGAAUGCAUCAGAGUACCCAGCUGCCUCCCGAAAAUCAUGUGUGUCGACUCUCUGGUCAGAAUUUGCUCCGGACUCUCUUAUGGCAGAAUCAGAAAUAUUAAAAGUUUAUCAGAUAUCCAGAUUGUACAGGUUGCUUGUGGUUACUAUCAUUCACUUGCACUUUCUAAAGCAAGUGAAGUCUUCUGUUGGGGACAGAAUAAAUAUGGCCAAUUGGGUUUAGGUACUGACUGUAAAAAGCAAACUUCACCGCAGCUGCUUAAGUCUUUGCUUGGAAUCCCUUUCAUGCAAGUUGCAGCAGGAGGAGCCCAUAGUUUUGUACUCACCCUUUCUGGAGCUAUCUUUGGAUGGGGACGCAACAAGUUUGGUCAGCUAGGUCUUAAUGAUGAAAAUGAUAGAUAUGUUCCUAAUUUACUAAAGUCACUAAGAUCUCAGAAAAUAGUUUAUAUUUGUUGUGGAGAAGAUCAUACUGCUGCUCUAACCAAGGAAGGUGGAGUGUUUACUUUUGGAGCUGGAGGGUAUGGUCAGUUGGGCCAUAAUUCUACCAGUCAUGAAAUAAACCCAAGGAAAGUUUUUGAACUUAUGGGAAGCAUUGUCACUCAGAUUGCUUGUGGACGGCAGCACACUUCUGCUUUUGUUCCUUCAUCAGGACGAAUUUACUCUUUUGGACUUGGUGGUAAUGGGCAGCUGGGAACUGGUUCAACAAGCAACAGGAAAAGUCCCUUUACUGUAAAAGGAAAUUGGUACCCUUAUAAUGGGCAAUGUCUACCAGAUAUUGAUUCUGAAGAAUAUUUCUGUGUAAAAAGAAUUUUCUCAGGGGGAGAUCAAAGCUUUUCACAUUACUCUAGUCCCCAGAACUGUGGGCCACCAGAUGACUUCAGAUGUCCCGAUCCUACAAAGCAGAUCUGGACAGUGAAUGAAGCUCUAAUUCAGAAAUGGCUGAGCUAUCCUUCUGGAAGGUUUCCUGUGGAGAUAGCCAAUGAGAUAGAUGGAACAUUUUCUUCCUCUGGUUGCCUAAAUGGAAGUUUUUUAGCUGUUAGCAAUGAUGAUCACUAUAGAACAGGUACCAGAUUUUCAGGGGUUGAUAUGAAUGCUGCUAGGCUUUUAUUCCACAAACUUAUACAACCUGAUCAUCCGCAGAUAUCUCAGCAGGUGGCAGCUAGUUUGGAAAAGAAUCUUAUUCCUAAACUGACUAGCUCCUUACCUGAUGUUGAAGCAUUGAGGUUUUAUCUUACUCUACCAGAAUGUCCCCUGAUGAGUGAUUCCAACAAUUUCACAACAAUAGCAAUUCCCUUUGGUACAGCUCUUGUGAACCUAGAAAAGGCACCACUGAAAGUACUUGAAAACUGGUGGUCAGUACUUGAACCUCCACUAUUCCUCAAGAUAGUAGAACUUUUUAAGGAAGUUGUGGUACAUCUUUUGAAACUCUACAAGAUCGGUAUUCCCCCUUCUGAAAGAAGAAUUUUCAACAGUUUUCUUCAUACUGCAUUAAAGGUUUUAGAAAUACUACAUAGGGUAAAUGAGAAAACGGGACAGAUUAUACAGUACGAUAAAUUUUAUAUACAUGAAGUACAAGAAUUGAUAGACAUAAGAAAUGAUUAUAUCAACUGGGUCCAACAGCAGGCCUAUGGAAUGGAUGUCAACCAUGGAUUAACUGAGUUGGCAGAUAUCCCUGUUACAAUCUGUACAUAUCCAUUUGUAUUUGAUGCCCAAGCAAAAACUACUCUGUUACAGACCGAUGCAGUCUUACAGAUGCAGAUGGCUAUUGAUCAGGCCCACAGGCAGAAUGUCUCCUCUCUUUUUCUCCCAGUGAUUGAAUCUGUGAAUCCCUGCUUAAUUCUAGUGGUGCGUAGAGAAAAUAUUGUAGGAGAUGCAAUGGAAGUCCUUAGGAAAACAAAGAACAUAGAUUACAAGAAGCCACUCAAGGUUAUAUUUGUUGGAGAAGAUGCUGUGGAUGCAGGAGGGGUGCGCAAAGAAUUUUUCUUGCUCAUCAUGAGGGAAUUAUUGGAUCCUAAAUAUGGCAUGUUUAGGUAUUAUGAAGAUUCCAGGCUCAUUUGGUUUUCUGAUAAGACAUUUGAAGACAGUGAUUUGUUCCAUUUGAUUGGUGUUAUCUGUGGCUUAGCAAUUUACAAUUUUACCAUUGUGGACCUCCAUUUUCCAUUGGCUUUAUAUAAGAAACUACUGAAAAAGAAGCCAUCCUUGGAUGAUUUGAAAGAACUAAUGCCUGAUGUUGGGAGAAGCAUGCAACAGUUACUGGAUUAUCCAGAAGAUGACAUAGAGGAAACAUUUUGUCUUAAUUUUACGAUCACAGUUGAAAACUUUGGUGCAACAGAAGUGAAAGAGCUGGUUCUAAAUGGUGCAGACACAGCUGUUAACAAACAAAAUCGGCAAGAGUUUGUUGAUGCUUAUGUGGAUUACAUAUUCAAUAAAUCAGUGGCUUCCUUAUUUGAUGCUUUUCAUGCGGGCUUUCAUAAGGUCUGUGGAGGAAAAGUCCUUCUGCUCUUUCAGCCUAAUGAACUACAAGCAAUGGUCAUUGGAAAUACAAAUUAUGAUUGGAAGGAACUGGAAAAGAAUACAGAAUACAAAGGGGAAUAUUGGGCAGAACAUCCUACGAUAAAAAUUUUUUGGGAAGUAUUUCACGAAUUACCAUUGGAAAAGAAGAAACAGUUUCUGUUGUUUUUGACAGGUAGUGAUCGCAUUCCUAUUCUUGGUAUGAAGAGUCUGAAACUAGUCAUCCAGUCCACAGGAGGUGGUGAGGAAUAUCUCCCAGUUUCCCAUACUUGUUUUAAUCUUCUGGAUCUUCCAAAAUAUACAGAAAAAGAAACUCUACGCUCUAAACUGAUCCAAGCUAUUGAUCACAAUGAAGGCUUCAGUUUAAUAUAACUUUGGAGUUAUAACUAUUCAGUUUAGUGCAAAAGCAUUAAACUAUUUGUGUUUUUCUUGUGGUGAUGAAUUCAGCAAGGUGACAGAGGUACUAUUACAAUUCUUACUUGCAGAAUGUUCAAUCUACGAGUGUUCAUGGAAGCCAAAAAAUAUUAAAGGAAAAUGAACAAACUGUUAAUAUUAUUGUACAGAACCAUGGAUUUUUUUUGACCAUCUUCCAAUAAACAUAGCAAGUAUUGUGAAUACAUUAAAGUUUUACUAACAUGAGUUUUAAGAGUUUGCAUAUUUCAGAAAUGAUCUGGUGUGAGUGCAUGGAAAUAUUGCUUCAUUUUUCUUCAAUCAUUGAGUGAAAAACCUUUAACUUUGGCCUGCAAUAGUCAUUUGAUUAUUUUUUCAUUUUGUAAAUAAUGUUAAGUUUUGUAAUAAAAUAGUUACGUUCUGAUACCA